CUGCAGGUACCAGACGCGCUGGACUGGACCUGUCCCAGCUUGAUCCCUCUCUGCUCCCGUCCGGUCUCUCUCCCCUCUCCCCUCCAACGCGCAUGCAUGCAUCCAUCCAUAUUACCGUGGCCUAUUGUUGUUGAUUGACUCGCCCGCCAUGGACCUCGACUCCGAGCCUCCACAACCGCCGCCACACCCAGACCCGCAAGCGCUCACUGGUGACGGCACCACCACCAGCACCACCAGUGAGAAACACACCCUCCUCGACGACGCCUCGCUGCACACCAUCGCCGCGACCUCUCUCCAGACCCCACCUGUGCUGCAGAAUCCCUCCAUCCACCACAGUAACCCCAUGGCCGACGAGCGCCCGCGCACUUCCUACUCCGACACGGGCUUCGCGUCUCGCCCAUACUCGCAGUCUGCGGACAAUACUCCCGACCACUCACAACUGCAGCAGCAGCCGUCGCAGCAGCAGCAGCAGAAUGGCAAUGGCUUGAGCAGACCGCAGAGUCAGAGCGCGGCGGAUGGCCAACGGCAGCAGGCCCAGAAGAACUCGUCAGUAGUCAUCAAGGUCGGCAUGGUGGGUGACGCGCAAAUCGGCAAGACGAGUCUCAUGGUGAAAUACGUCGAAGGUAGCUGGGACGAGGACUACAUACAGACGCUGGGCGUCAAUUUCAUGGAAAAGACCAUCAGUAUACGGAACACGGAGAUUACCUUCUCCAUUUGGGAUCUGGGUGGACAGCGCGAAUUCGUCAACAUGCUACCCCUCGUCUGCAACGAUGCUGUCGCCAUACUAUUCAUGUUUGAUCUGACGCGCAAGUCCACCCUCAACAGCAUCAAAGAGUGGUAUCGUCAAGGACGCGGCUUCAACAAGACAGCCAUUCCCUUUUUGGUGGGCACCAAAUAUGAUCACUUUGUCAACUUUCCCCGAGAAGAACAAGAGGAGAUUUCGCAGCAGGCCAAGCGUUUCGCAAAAGCGAUGAAGGCGAGCUUGAUCUUUUCGAGUACCAGUCACAGUAUCAAUGUGCAAAAGAUUUUCAAAAUUGUGCUCUCCAAAGCUUUUGACCUCCGAUGUACAAUACCGGAAAUCGAGAACGUUGGCGAACCACUUUUGAUUUACCAGGCGUCGUAAGCAGAUGGAGCGCCGCCAACCCUGUCCUCCAUAUCCUUGGCCACGAGGAUAUCGGCGCGAAACGGCUGGACCCAACACGCCGGUACGAACUCGAAGGAGCGCGCACCUCGAAGGUGCCGAUGAAAGCGCUGGUAGCGAGAGGGAUGGAUGUCAGGGCAUGAGAUGGGGAGAUGAGGCAUCACGUCACUACCGAAAACGCGGGGUGCGUGCGAUGCGAGGCUGGUGCAAUAGGUGGGAAUGGUGUCCACCCGGAAUAGACUCCGGACCAUUGCAUCGAUGAGAGAAGUCGAAGAGAAUGCUACCUACCGACGAAGCUGAGAAACGCGAGUAUGAAAGAAACUGAAUGAAAUGCCGCAAUAACGUGCAAUUGAAUGGAUUAUGGGGGGGGAAGGGUUUAGAAGUGAAGCGGAGCAGGGGGAGCCUGGCGCACGCACUUUGCAUGACGGAGGAGACUAUGGGCGCUUGAGGCGCUGCUGUCAUCACCACAUUUCUUCUUGUUGUUUUUGUUGUUCUUGUUGUUCGUCGUCCUCUUCUUGCAUGACAGACAUGUUGGGAGGGGGACCACAGCACGCUUCUACUAGUCUACUACUACGGAAUGAAGUAUCACCAUAAUUCCAUUUGUUUGGAGAAGGA